GUCUCUGGUCUGUGUUCAGAAACACUGAAAGUUUUUCUGUGGACCCGCUGAGAGAAAACAUGCUGCGAGGGUGUGUAAUAUUGCUGCUUCUUGCCUUUGCGGGUCUUUCUCUUGCAGCUCCAGUCCCAGAUGAAACAGCAGCUGAUGAGAGAAUUGAACCACUGCUGGAUCACCUGAACGAUGUAGUUGCUGGGAACACAACCUCUGAAGAACAAAGUCAAGAGUUGUCCGAGUCAGCCGAGUCUUCUGAAACUCAAGAAUCUUCUGACAGUGACUCUGAACGAGAAUCAUCCGAGUCAGCCGAGUCUGCUGAAACACAAGAGACCAAUGAGAACGCAGCUGAAAGCACCGACGCUGAUGUCAGCUCAGUGGAAGAGCUGAAUCCUGCCGUGCUCGCCAACUCUAAAGAACCUGGGUCUAAUGACACCACUGUCCCCGCCACUGACGCUGACACUGACGAAUCUGGGCCUGACGAUGACCCUAAAACAGCUAAGCCCCUCUCUGACUCUGACGAAUCUGGGCCUGAUGAUGACUCUAAGGUAGCUAAGCCCGUCUCUGACUCUGACGAAUCUGGGCCUGAUGAUGACCCUAAAACAGCUAAGCCUGUCACUGACUCCGACUCCGACUCUGACGAAUCUGGGCCUGAUGAUGACUCUAAGGUAGCUAAGCCCGUCUCUGACUCUGACGAAUCCGGGCCUGAUGAUGACUCUAAGGUAGCUAAGCCCAUCUCUGACUCUGACGAAUCCGGGCCAGAUGAUGACUCUGAGGUAGCUAAGCCCGUCUCUGACUCUGACUCUGACGAAUCCGGGCCAGAUGAUGACUCUAAGGUAGCUAAGCCCGUCUCUGACUCUGACGAAUCCGGGCCAGAUGAUGACUCUGAGGUAGCUAAGCCCAUCUCUGACUCUGACUCUGACGAAUCUGGGCCUGAUGAUGACCCUAAAAUAGCUAAACCCGUCACUGACUCUGACUCUCACGAAUCCGGGCCAGAUGAUGACUCUAAGGUAGCUAAGCCCGUCACUGACUCUGACUUUGACGAAUCUGGGCCUGAUGAUGACCCUAAAACAGCUAACCCCGUCACUGACUCUGAAUCUGACAAAUCUGGGCCUGAUGAUGACUCUAAGGUAGCUAAGCCCGUCACUGACUCUGACGAAUCCAGACCAGAUGAUGACUCUAAGGUAGCUAAGCCCGUCACUGACUCUGACGAAUCUGGGCCUGAUGAUGACUCUAAGGUAGCUAAGCCCGUCACUGACUCUGACGAAUCUGGGCCUGAUGAUGACUCUAAGGUAGCUAAGCCCGUCACUGACUCUGACGAAUCCGGACCAGAUGAUGACUCUAAGGUAGCUAAGCCCGUCACUGACUCUGACUCUGACGAAUCUGGGCCUGAUGAUGACUCUAAGGUAGCUAAGCCCGUCACUGACUCUGACGAAUCCGGACCAGAUGAUGACUCUAAGGUAGCUAAGCCCGUCACUGACUCUGACUCUGACUCUGACGAAUCUGGGCCUGAUGAUGACUCUAAGGUAGCUAAGCCCGUCACAGACUCUGAUGAAUCCGGACCAGAUGAUGACUCUAAGGUAGCUAAGCCCGUCACUGACUCUGACUCUGACGAAUCUGGGCCUGAGGAUGACCCUAAAACAGCUAAGCCCAUCACUGACUCUGACUCUGACGAAUCCGGGCCAGAUGAUGACCCUAAGAUUGCUAAGCCCGUCACUGACUCUAAAGAAUCCCACUCGGGCGCUGAUACUAGUACUGACUCUAAUGACUCGGGCGCUGAUACUAGUACUGACUCUAAUGACUCGGGUGUUGAUACUAGUACUGGCUCUGAGGUACUUACAGAGAAAGAUGAUAGCAUGGACGAUAAGGGCCCGUAUGAGGGGGUGUCGCUAGCAACCGGGGAGGAGGAGAAGGAGGGAGAUGAUAUAGGGGAAAAGGAUCCAAAGGAAUCAGGAGAGGAUGUGAUGGAGGGAGAUGAUACCUCAGAGGAGAAAGACUCGGAGGGGGGAGUAAUCAAAGAAAAUGACGCCACGAUGGAUGAAACAGACGAAAAUAAGAGUGACGGAGCCAUUAAGCCUGAUGCUAAUAAUAGUGAAAAUGAGCCAAAGAAAGAUGACAGCCCUGACCUGUUGGACCCUUCCAACACAGACAAGGAUGAGGGGAACCCGGAGCACUCUCACCCAGACACGGAAGGACCAUCUGCUGACCAGCAUCUGGUCCAACCUGUGGACUCCACCACCGCCACCGGGAUUUAGACGCUCCAACUGUGGACUGUGAAUGCUCACCAUCUGCAGAGCCAUGCCUACAGUGUACAAUACAUUUGCCAUGACGACAACAACAACAACUAGCUGAACAUCUACCUUCUGCUUCCUGUUUGUGUAUUAUUCUCCGCUCAUUCCUGAUUGGUUGGCUCCAUUUGGUUAAAUAAAAACUUUGCUCUAACCUGUUCGUCUGUCUGUCUGUCUGCAGAAACAUUAAACCAGCUGCUAAUCUGAGAUCUGUAUUCACACUGUAAUGUGUACAUACUGCUAAUAAAUAUUGAACUGACAAACCUUGUCACCGCU